AUGCAAACACAAGGGGCUACCUUUGCGACGCGCACGGCGGCUAAACGAGACAUUGGCGCAAAUGUUCCAGAAAUCGAGUACACGCUUUAUAGAAAUCCAUGUUUAUCUGUAUAUAGCAGUGCUAUUCGAGAUAGACUACGCGAGAUAGAGCGUUGGAAAUCAUCUGCAACUCCUAAUCAAACGCUAAAUAGAUGCUAUGAAAGAGAAAUUAAAUGGACCAUUAGGAUAAAA